AUGGUGUUCUGGGCCCGAAUACUCUUUUGGGGGGAUCUUCCCAUCGACCAAUUCCGCAACAUUGUGCGAUUCAUAGAGCAGAACCAAAGGAACGUCGCUCCUCAGGUCCUUAAACGUGACGACGUUAGUGCCGCCCUACCAGGGCAGUACCUAUUUUUCCUGCAGACCCGGAACGGACUGUCUAGGGCAUUUUCUCCUUCUCUGCGACACAGCCAGAUUAUCUCCCGAUCAAUGACCCGAUCCGCAAGUCCGAGUCCGUCUGCAACAUUGACAGUGCCCGGGACACCAGCGGCCGGGGAUAGACGAGACACUGGGCUUCGCAAAAUAGUCCGACAACGUGACUUUUGCUGUCGGGCGUCUGGCACUAUCGUUCCUACCCGAGGAAGGGGUCCCAACUAUCAAGGGUUCAAUAUGUGCCAUGUAUUCCCUUUUGGUCUUCGAAAUCAGGUUUUGGAUAUCAUCGAUAAUAACGAUCCUGCGAUUCCCCUGUUGUCGGGGCCGCAUGGCACCGAGGUAGCCCAGAAUGCACUACUAUUCAGAACCGACCUGCACGAUUUCUUUGACAACUAUCAGUUCAGCUUCAAUGGCGCAACUCUCAAGAUAUACACAUUCGAACGUGAUGGAGCACCUACAUUGGGAACCGUUGGGCUUCCGAUGUUCCCGCCGUUACCUGAAGCUCCCGGUGGCGUUGUUAACGGUCUUCGAAACCAGCAGCGACGGCCCAAUGGUGGCGCUACCGAUGUUCACCGUCAUCUUCUGCGUCAGCACUUCGAGACAGCUGUCCUUUGGCAUUUUACUGGAUAUGGGCGAGCUCGGGGCCAAUGA